AGUGGAGGGCUACACCAGGAAGACGCCGCUGUUAUGACAGUAAAAGUACAAAAUAAACAUACAUGAAAACAAAACAUUAAUGAACAGCUUAUAACAACACACUGCUCGAAGAACGAACAUCUCGUCCGGUACCUUCAUCCCUGCCAUCUGGGAGUGUUUACUAUGGAGGAGACGAACAGAGAGGCUGUGGCCACGGCGGUGCAGAGGGUUGCUGGGAUGCUCCAGCGCUCAGACCAGCUGGAUAAAGUGGAGCAGUACAGACGGAGAGAAGCACGCAAGAAAGCAUCUGUGGAAGCUAGAUUAAAGGCUGCUAUUCAGUCUCAGUUGGACGGGGUACGAACAGGCCUCACGCAGCUCCACAAUGCUCUGUGUGAUGUGAAGGACAUCCAGAACUCUCUGGCAGACGUCAGUAAGGACUGGAGGCAGAGCAUUAACACCAUCGAGAACCUGAAGGACGUGAAGGACGCUGUGGUUCAGCACAGUCAGCUGGCGUCAGCUGUCGAGAACCUCAAGAACAUUUUUUCAGUCCCUGAGAUUGUCCGAGAGACCCAUGACCUGAUCGAGCAGGGCGAGCUGCUUCAAGCGCACCGCAAGCUGAUGGACCUGGAGUGCUCUCGGGAUGACCUCAUGUAUGAGCAGUACCGUAUGGACAGCAAGAAUGUUCACGACAUGAACCUCAUCCGUGGCUACUUCGGCCAAGUUCAAGGUCUGUCUGAGGAGCUCUCCAAACAGCUCUGGAUGGUUCUCCAGCGCGCCAUGGUCACCGUCCGCCGUGACCCCACCAUGCUGGUGUCUGUGGUCAGAAUCAUCGAGCGUGAGGAGAAGAUCGACCGCAGAAUGCUGGACCGUAAAAAGCAGACUGGCUUCAUCCCGCCCGGCAGGCCCAAGUGCUGGAAGAACCGCAUGAAUGAAGUCCUGGAAGGCACAGUGAGCGCCCGCAUCGAGAGCACUCAGUCAGAAACCCGCGAGUCGGAUAAAAUGUGGCUGGUGAGGCUGCUGGAGAUCAUGAGGAAGUACGUUCUGGACGACCUGACCGUGGUGAAGAACCUGAUGGUGCAGUGUUUUCCUCCACACUACAACACUUUCCAGGUGUUCUUCACCCUCUAUCAUAAAGCAGUGUCGGCUCGAGUGCAAGAGCUUGCAGCAGAGGAGCUGGAGGCCAAUGAGAUCGUCUCUAUGCUCACGUGGGUCCUCAACACCUAUAAAAGUGUGGAUAUGAUGGGUCAUCCCGAUCUACAGCCUGAAUGUGAGGUCAAGCAGCUGGAGCCUCUAUUACCCGAAAAGGUGGUCAACGAUUUGCUUGGCAAAUACCUCAAGACCUUUAACUCAAACAUCACAGGCUGGCUGCGUAAAGCUCUGGAAACAGAUAAGAAAGACUGGCAGAAAGAGACUGAGCCUGAGGGCGAUCAGGAUGGCUACUACCAGACCACAUUACCAGCUAUUGUCUUUCAGAUGUUUGAGCAGAAUCUUCAGGUCGCUGCUCAGAUUAAUGAGAUCUUCAGAGAGGAGGUGCUGACCGUCUGUCUGAGGCAGAUGAAUUUAUUCCUAAAAAGGUACCGAGAGGAGGCGAUCGCCUAUAAGGAGGAACACUUGAAAGAUCGUCAGCUCCCGCAGUGCUAUGUUCAGUAUAUGAUCGCCAUCAUCAACAACUGCCAGACCUUCAAAGAGUCUAUAAACAGCCUGAAAAGGAAGUACUCUCAGUCUCAUGAACCCACGCAGGACGACGCCACCAUAGACAAGCUCCUGAGCGACGUGGCUAAAGAAGGCUGUCAGUUCCUGCUGGAUGAAGUCUUUCUGGAUUUGGAGCAUCAUCUUAAUGAACUACUCACCCGGAAGUGGCUGGCAGGCACUCAUGCUGUAGAUACCAUCUGCGUAACUGUGGAGGACUACUUUAAUGACUUUGCCAAAAUUAAAAAGCCUUAUAAUCAGGAAAUGACCUGUGAGGCUCACCGGCGGGUGGUGGUGGAGUAUCUGAAAGCCAUCAUACAGAAGCGCAUCUCCUUUAAGAACGCAGAAGAGAGGAAGGAGGGAGCAGAUCGCAUGAUGAAGGAAGCAGAGCAGUUCAAGUUCCUCUUCAGGAAACUUUCUGCUGGAGAAGACACAGACCGGCUGUGUGACUCCAUCAAUGCCAUCGCUGAAGUCUUCAAACUGACCGAUCCUGCUUUACUGUACCUGGAAGUGUCCACUCUGGUCUCCAAAUAUCCUGACAUCAGAGAGGAGCACAUCGUGGCGCUGCUAGCCGUCCGAGGAGAUGCCAGUCGAGAAAUGAGACAGACCAUCAUAGAGACUCUGAACCAGAACAAACCAUCCUCCUCCUCCAUCUCUCAGCCCGUCUUCAGAGAUAUCAUUGUGCCAACCAUCAGCAUGACCUCCAUGACUUCAAUGGCUGUGCCCAAACUGCUGAAAUAACCCUUUGCUGAGCUACUAACAGGCCACCGAGUGUUGACUCCUUCCCUCAAUGCACUUUGGAAAUGCAUUUGCUGCCAGCACAGUGGAGACAUGAAUGGCAGGAGCUCUUAUUGAGGUUACAGUUACUGAUGAUUUAUGAUCACUUGAUGUACAGAAGCAUUUUUUUUCUUUUAGCCUGCUCUUCUUAAAGAUGAAACAAAAGAAUAGUUCACCUAAAAACAUAUAAAAGUUCAGUCGACAGUGCUGAUAGCCUAGUGGGCAGUGCACCAACAAUAGGGCCACUUUGCUUUGGCUGUUCAUUUAUUUUGUUUGUUUUUAUAGAGAUAAUUGCAGAAUAAAGAAGUCAUAUAAUAUAAUGCAAGCAAAUUGAAUGAAUGAAAACAGAACAUCUUGUCCUGGCCAAAUUCCCUCCAUCUGCCCUUACCCCAUCAUGACCUCCCAAUCAUCCCCAUCCACCGAAUUGGCUGUGUCACUGUCUCUCCACUUCUCCUUUAGCUAGUGUGUGGUGAUCGCACUGGCGCCGUUGUCCUGUGGCUGCCACCACUUCAUCCAAGUGGAUGCUGCACACUGGUGGUGGAGUGGAGAGACCCCCUUCAUAGCUGUGAAGCACUUUGAGUGUAUGGCCAUACAUGAUAAAUGCGCUAUAUAAAUACACAUUACAUUCAUGUGCUGUUUUCUUAAGCAAUAUGAUUGUUUUGUGUAUAAAAAUAGCUUAUUUUUACAUUGGUAAAGUAUAGAACUGCUGAGUGCAUGAUUCUGAUUGGUUGAUGCAUGUUCUUAGGUGUUGUGCGGUUUUAUUUAGGAAAAUGCUCUGGUAAAGUAGUUCCUGGUGAGUGAUUAAUGCAUUGCAGUUCCACAUCACUUUGUUGAGGGACUAAUUAGCAAGAUCUUAAAGUAGUUAGACCACUGACCAAUCACGUAAACAUAAAUGACAGAUAAUUACAUGUUAUUAUUUACAGAGAGUACACAUACAUACAUACAUGAACUUGUCAGCUCUAACUCCAACUCAUUCAUUCAUUUUCCUUCGGCUUAGUCCCUUUAUACAUCACGGGUUACCACAGCGGAAUGAACCGCCAACUAUUCCAGCAUGUUUUACACAGCGGAUGCCUUUCCAGCUGCAACCCAGUACUGGGAAGCACCCAUACACACGUACAGUAUGGCCAUUUUUGUUUAUUCAAUUCACCUACAGCGCAUGUGUUUGGACUCUGGGGGAAACCAGAGGAAACCCACGCCAACACGGGGAGAACAUACAAACUCCACACUGAAAUGCAACCAGUGACCUUAUUGCUGUGAGGCGACAGUGCUAACCACUGAGCCACUGUGUCACCACCUGACUGCAACUUUUUCAAUAAAACUAAUUUUGUUCAGUUUUUUAGUAACUCAGAGUGGAGUCAGUUACUUGGAUUAUAUUACAGAUGUUGUAUUUUAAGACAUUUGUCCUCAAACUAGUCCUGUGUGUGUUGAAUCCUUGCUCAUCUCAUCUGAGUGAAGUUUUAUAUACUAAUUUUAAGAGGAGCACACGAUAUGAUUGAUCGCGGGUGGUCUCUCAUCUGUAAUCAGCAAUAAUCCAAUAAGAUUGAUCCAAGCCUUCAGUAAAUAGGCUGAUUUCACCCUACCACCUUAUCUUCGUUUUGGAAGAAUCCCCCCUUCCACCCCAUCUCCUCCUUUGCCAGGGCGAGCUCUUGAAACCUACCUGAUCUCGGACCCCCUUGCAUUCUGAUUGCCCUGGGCUCAGUUAUCUCCGAGCUCAGGGCUCUCUCCGAGGACAGCAUGCCAAACCGUCUAAUAGUGUCAAGCAAUAUUUUAGUAUUGACUCUUGAAAGUCUUAAAUUGAUUUAAUCUCGGGCUGUUGUAGGCUGGAAAGUAAUUUUAGACAUUGUGUAGUGAUAUAAAACUGCAAUGUGGAACUACAUUACCUGACAAAAGUCUUGUUGUUGAUCCCAGUUGUAAGAGCAACAAUAAUAGCUUGACUUCUAGUUGAUCAUUUGGAAAAGUGGCAGAAGGUAGAUUUUUCAGAUGAAUCAUCUGUUGAUCUGCACCCCAAUCAUCACAAAUAUUGCAGAAGACCUAUUGGAACCUGCAUGGACCCAAGAUUCUAACAAAAAUGAGUCAAGUUUGGUGAAGGAAAAAUCAUGGUUUGGAGUUACAUUCAGUAUGGGGGUGUGCGAGAGAUCUGCAGAGUGGACGGCAACAUCAACAGCCUGAGGUAUCAAGACAUUUGUGCUGCCCAUUACAUCACAAACCACAGGAGAGGGCAAAUUCUUCAGCAGAAUAGCGCUCCUCAUACUUCAGCCUCCACGUCAAAGUUCCUGAAAUCAAAGAAGGUCAAGGAGCUGCAGGAUUGGCCAGCCCAGUCACCAGACUUGAACAUUAUUGAGCAUGUCUGGGGUAAGAUGGAGGAGGCAUUGAAGAUGAAUCCAAAGAAUCUUGAUAAACUCUGUGAGUCCUGCAAGAACGCUUUGUCAUUCCAGAUGACUUUAUUAAUAAGUGAUUUGAGUCAUUGCAGAGAUGUACAGAUGCAGUCCUCCAAGCUCAUGGGAGUCAAACACAAUAUUCAUUCUUUUUCCACUGCACCAUGACUUUAUAUUCUAUACUGUCCAUUAUUUCUGUUAAGUGACAAGACUUUUGUCGAAGCAAAGUCAGACUUUACUGUCGUAAUUAAAUAAUUAAAAAUCAAGGCAUGAUCAUAUUUUAUUUUGGUCAAAUAAGCGUAAUCUAGAGGCCUUUGCCUUUCAUAUAAGCCACUUCUGAUGCCAAAUGAUCAACUAGAAGUCAAGUUAUUGCUGUUCCUAAAAUAGGAUAGGCGACAAGACAUUUGUCAGGUAGUGCACUUAAGCUGUGUGUUUGUCUGACAAUAAAAUAGGCACUCAUUUCAUAAUGUUCAUCAGCCAAUCAGAAUUAAGCACACAACAGUUCUCUAGUUUUAAAGUGGAAUGAUUGAUCUCAUGCUAUUGAAUUACUAGAAGAUAAUUGUGAACUUUAUUUUUGGGUGAACUGUCCCUUUAACAAUUAAAUGGAUAAUUAUCCCCAAAAUGAAUAUAGCCAUCAUUUACUCCUCCUCCAUUUGUAACAAACCACUUUGAGUUUCUUUCUUUCUGAUGAACACAAAAGAAAAUAUUUGUUGAAAACUGGUAACCACUGACUUUCAUAGUGUUUAUUUAUCCUAUUGUGGAUGUCAAUGGUUGCCAAUUGUGAUGUUAUCAAAACUCAUAAAUGUUUGGAGCCAUUUGAGGGUGAGUAAAUUGUGAGUAUAUUUUCACUUUUGGGUGAACUAUCCCUUUAAGAGGAGUCAUUUGCUUUCAGUUACUUAUUUCCCAUCAGUCACUGUUGAAUUAUUAGCUUUUCACAGGACUAGAGUUUGACACUAUUAUAAUAAGCCUCCUGCUGGACGCUUUCAUGAACUGCAAUGAACCACUGAACUCCUGUCAGUUUUCAUUUCAAUAAAAUCCAGAUUAACACUAA